GAUCCAGUGUCCCCGGGUAGGACUUAAACCCAGUGUCCGUGUGAGCUGCCAUGACCUGGCGGCUUUAACUGCUCAGCUGUGCCCAGGCAGGUGUGCAGCUCAGUGCGUGUGUGUGUCAGUGUGUGUGUGUGUGUGUGUGUGUGUGUCAGGACAGAUGAGCUGAGCGUGUACCUGCAGGCUGCAGCCACAGCUCGAGCAGCAGAACACGCCCUGUCAGAGGAGAAGGUGGACGCACGCACUUUACCUGCAGAGAACAAGCGCAGCCCCGAUGCUCCGCCGCGGGCCCGCAGCUCCACCGGACACCAACCCGAUGAGACCAGGACUUUCCCCCCACGCACGUCUUCUCGUCCCCGGGAGCGUUUUAACCCGCGCCUGCUGCUCGGAUCACCUGGAGGUCCUGCGGGACUCCGCACAGAAAUAAGGCGGCUUCCUGCAGCGGUUCACUGCGUCGAUCCGGCGCCUGGUCCCGGGCACCAUGAGCAGGAAGACGCGGCGCUUGAUCCUACAUUUUUUCCUGUGCCUCGGAGUAGUGUACCUGAAGAUCGGGGGUCUGUCCUCGGUGGUGGCGCUGGGAGCGAGCAUCAUCUGUAAUAAAAUCCCGGGCCUGGCCCCUCGUCAGCGGACUAUCUGUCAGAGCCGGCCCGACGCCAUCAUCGUGAUCGGAGAGGGGGUUCAGAUGGGCAUCAACGAGUGUCAGUUCCAGUUCAGACACGGACGCUGGAACUGCUCGGCCCUGGGAGAGAGGACCGUGUUCGGCAGAGAGCUCAGAGUGGGCAGUAAGGAGGCAGCGUUCACCUACGCCAUUAUCGCUGCCGGGGUGGCCCAUGCCGUCACUGCGGCCUGCACCCAGGGCAGUUUGAGUGGGUGCGGCUGUGACAAGGAGAAGCAGGGUUUCUACAACCAGGAGGAGGGCUGGAAGUGGGGCGGCUGCUCAGCGGACGUCCACUACGGCCUGGAUUUCUCCAAGGUGUUUGUGGACGCGCGGGAAAUUAAGCAGAAUGCCAGGACUCUCAUGAAUUUACAUAACAAUGAAGUGGGACGCAAGGUCCUGGAGAAGGGAAUGCAUCUGGAGUGCAAGUGUCACGGCGUGUCAGGGUCUUGCACCACCAAAACCUGCUGGACGACGCUCCCCAAGUUCCGUCAGCUUGGAUACAUUCUCAAGGACAAGUACAACCAGGCCGUACAUGUGGAGCCGGUGCGAGCCAGCCGCAACAAGCGCCCCACCUUCCUGAAGAUCAAGAAACCCCAUUCCUACCGUAAGCCCCUGGACACGGAGUUGGUCUACAUCGAGAGGUCACCCAACUACUGCGAGGCCGACCAGCUGACCGGCAGCAUGGGGACGCAGGGUCGCCUGUGCAACAAAACGGCCCAGCAGCCCAACAGCUGCGACCUGAUGUGCUGUGGCCGCGGAUACAACACGCACCAGUACUCGCGAGUGUGGCAGUGCAACUGCAAGUUCCUGUGGUGCUGCUACGUCAGGUGCAACACCUGCAGUGAGAGGACAGAGGUGUAUACCUGUAAAUAGAGAUAUUUAUUGGACGUGUAUUCACCUGAAGCGAUGCCUCUAACUUGUGUUGAUGAUACGGACGCCAGUGCACAUCUGUCAUCACACUGGACUCCACCUGUGGGCUCAUACCUUUAUUUCUAUUUUUCAUAAUGCCACUUCAUGCUCCAGGCUUGACGUAUCACUGUUCUAUUGGCACGACUCACCUCAGACUGAUUGUUUGAUUUACUUUUUCUUUUUUCUAGACUAAUAAUUUAUUCAGUGAGAAAACUACUGAUCAUUUUUUUAAUUUCUCUGUCAGCUAAAUCUGGUGGGGUUUUAAGUUGGUGUAGAUGUCUGGCAUUUUAUUUAGAAAAUACUCAAGUGCACUUAAGAGCAAAAAUAAUUUUCAUUUCUUUUUUUUGUACAAGAUAUUUAAACACUGGAGCUGAAACCUGAAAGAGUCAGGGCUGAACUUGACUGACAGAUUUGGGAAGCUGCCGCUUGCGUGCAUUAAACCAAGUAGAGGAAGAUGAAACUACUGAUUCUGGACUCGGUCUGAUAGUAUUGUUUUGCGCUUGUUUCUUUCUCUUCCCCUCCAUUCUGCUGCUAGUUGUCUGGAAACUUCUGGAGUUUGUGACGAGCAGCCAUAUUGACUCUUCAAGCUAAGUUGACACCACCAGGAGCAAACGUCUGAGCUUCCAGACAUACAUUUCCCUCAAUGUUGGUCGAUAGAAUAUAUUU